UGGCCCUCUCACUGCUGUUUUGUGUGUUGGGGGGAUGGGGCCGCGCAGAGGAUGAGAGUCUCCACACAUUUACCACUUCGCUAACUAAAUAGCUUUCUUUCCGAGCCGGCUUUCCUCCAUCCGCUCCGUGUACAUCAACACCCCUUCGACCACGCAUGAGUUUCGGUGGGAUUCGGCCAAAAUAAAGUGGAGUAUCCGCACGUCCACGACUCACGCUCAGAGAAAAGUCGACAAAAUGUAUUCCUCUCCCGGAGCUACCGAGAUGACCGAGCCCGCCCGUUCCUCCGGGUCAUUAAGCUCCGAUCCCCCAUCUUCACCGGUGCCAGAAUAUGUGUUCAAGCCACCAUCACGGCCAGACUUUGGCACCAUGGGCAGGACAAUCAAGCUCCAGGCCAACUUCUUUGAGAUGGAAAUCCCCAAACUGGAGGUCUACCAUUAUGACAUCGACAUCAAGCCCGAGAAAUGCCCCAGGAGGGUCAAUCGUGAAAUUGUGGAGCACAUGGUCCAGCACUUUAAAACACAGAUCUUUGGUGAUCGAAAGCCAGUGUAUGAUGGGAGGAAGAAUCUCUACACAGCCAUGCCCUUACCCAUAGGCAGAGACAAGGUAGAGCUUGAAGUGACCAUUCCUGGUGAGGGCAAGGACCGCAGCUUCAAAGUAUCCAUCAAGUGGAUGUCCUGCGUUAGUCUGCAAGCUCUGCACGAGGCACUGGCAGGGCGGCUUCCCAGUGUCCCCUUUGAGACCAUUCAAGCCUUGGAUGUGGUCAUGAGGCAUUUGCCCUCAAUGAGGUAUACCCCAGUGGGCCGUUCUUUCUUCACUCCAUCAGAGGGAUGUUCGAACCCCCUCGGUGGUGGCAGAGAGGUGUGGUUUGGCUUCCAUCAGUCUGUCAGGCCUUCCCUCUGGAAAAUGAUGCUCAACAUUGAUGUUUCCGCCACUGCAUUCUACAAAGCCCAGCCUGUAAUUGAGUUCAUGUGUGAGGUCUUGGAUUUCAAAAGCAUUGAAGAACAACAGAAGCCCUUAACAGACUCUCAACGAGUUAAAUUUACAAAGGAAAUCAAAGGAUCAACGGACAGUGGGGGAAUUUCCAACUCUCGUCUCCUCUGUCCAGGUCUGAAGGUGGAGAUCACUCACUGUGGGCAGAUGAAGAGGAAGUACAGAGUGUGCAACGUUACCAGAAGACCUGCCAGCCACCAAACGUUCCCUCUGCAGCAGGAGAACGGCCAAACUAUUGAAUGCACAGUAGCACAGUACUUCAAAGAUAAGUACAAGCUCAUCUUGCGAUACCCCCACCUCCCAUGUCUACAGGUGGGACAGGAGCAGAAGCACACCUACCUACCUCUAGAGGUGUGUAACAUAGUGGCAGGACAGCGCUGCAUAAAAAAACUGACAGACAAUCAAACAUCCACUAUGAUCCGCGCCACAGCCCGAUCUGCACCAGACCGUCAGGACGAGAUUAGCAAACUGAUGAGAAGUGCCAAUUUCAACACUGACCCUUACGUUCGCGAGUUCGGAGUGAUGGUGAGAGACGAGAUGACGGAAGUGAACGGCCGCGUCCUGCAGGCCCCCUCUAUCCUGUAUGGAGGCAGGGUACGUGGAGCAACUGCUGAUAACAAAGCAAUAGCCACACCUAUCCAGGGAGUAUGGGACAUGAGGAACAAGCAGUUCCACACUGGCAUCGAGAUCAAAGUGUGGGCCAUCGCCUGCUUCGCACCACAGAGACAAUGUACUGAACUCCUGCUCAAAGCCUUCACAGAUCAGCUGAGGAAGAUCUCCAGGGAUGCAGGGAUGCCCAUCCAGGGUCAGCCUUGCUUCUGUAAGUACGCCCAGGGAGCGGACAGCGUGGAGCCCAUGUUCAGGCACCUCAAGUACACCUACCAGGGCCUCCAGCUGGUCGUGGUUAUCCUGCCGGGGAAGACGCCUGUCUACGCUGAAGUGAAGCGUGUCGGGGACACUGUACUCGGCAUGGCCACGCAGUGUGUGCAGGUGAAGAAUGUUCAGAAGACGACACCUCAGACUCUCUCCAACCUCUGUCUGAAGAUCAAUGUGAAGCUGGGUGGCGUCAAUAACAUCCUGCUCCCACAGGGCAGGCCGUUGGUGUUCCAGCAGCCAGUAAUCUUCCUCGGUGCAGAUGUGACUCAUCCGCCUGCAGGAGAUGGAAAAAAGCCUUCCAUCGCUGCUGUUGUUGGUAGUAUGGAUGCCCACCCGAGCAGAUACUGUGCCACAGUCCGGGUGCAGCAGCACCGUCAGGACAUCAUCCAGGACUUGGCCACCAUGGUGAGGGAGCUUCUCAUUCAGUUCUACAAGUCCACCCGCUUCAAGCCCACCAGGAUAAUCUACUACCGCGAUGGCAUCUCCGAGGGCCAGUUUAACCAGGUGGCUUGCACAGUUCUUCAGCAUGAACUGCUGGCCAUCCGUGAGGCCUGCAUCAAACUAGAGAAGGACUACCAGCCCGGUAUCACCUUUGUUGUCGUGCAAAAGAGACACCACACAAGACUGUUCUGUAUGGACAGAAAUGAGAGGGUUGGGAAGAGCGGCAACAUCCCUGCAGGCACCACGGUGGAUACGAAAAUUACUCACCCAUCCGAGUUUGACUUCUACCUUUGCAGUCACGCUGGAAUUCAGGGCACCAGCCGGCCGUCUCACUACCACGUGCUCUGGGACGACAACCACUUCACUGCAGACGAACUGCAGGUUCUCACCUACCAGCUUUGCCACACUUACGUGCGCUGCACCCGGUCAGUUUCCAUCCCAGCACCAGCCUACUACGCCCAUUUGGUGGCUUUCAGGGCUCGCUAUCACCUGGUGGACAAAGAGCAUGAUAGUGCUGAAGGAAGUCAUACCUCAGGCCAGAGCAAUGGGCGCGACCAGCAAGCCUUGGCUAAGGCCGUUCAGAUCCACCAGGACACGCUGCGCACCAUGUACUUUGCCUGAGAGCAUACAACCCCAGGGUGGCGUGGGUGAGACUGAUGGAACACACUACCAUAAUCCCCCUGCUGUCUCGCCGUCAGCUCUAGAUAACAUCACAGUGGUUUUACAUCGUGAUCUUCCUACUUAACAAACCUGUCAGCUGCCCAUACAUCUACAAUUGUACUUGAGCCCCUAACCCACCCAAACCAAGCCAGCUAUUAGAUUACGAUGCAAAAGAAUCCCUCUUUCGCGGGGGUUGAGUUAGAGGAGGUUCUAUAUACAUGUUGUGACAUGUUGUGCAUUCGUGUGUUUGUACUUGUUGUAGGGGAAUAUGUCUGAGAGGAAGAGGAAAAGUUUUUACACUGAUGGGUGAAAUCUACCAUUUCUAAACAAGUGGGAAUUAACAUUUUACAUUGGGGAGGUUUCUAAUUAAGCUGUUCACCCUCCUCCUGUUUUUUAUUGUUUGUCAUGGUCUUGGUGCUCGAAGGGCGAAGGAGACGUCAAAAAGAUGAGGGGUCCCGUUCACUGUUUAUAUGCCUGAUGUUUCGCUCCUCUGACAAACAUUAUUUAUCAGCCAAUCAAAGCAAAGUGCACUGACCAGAGUGGGUACUUAACCUGGACAAAAGUACUUAAUAUAUUGAGGAUGUGUGUGAUUUUUCACAUAGGGCACUAUGUGAUGAAAAGUGCCAUUUAAGACCACCUUUCUAUCGUCAUUUCUAUGUAAAAUACGAUGAUAUAUUUGUCCCACAUCUGCUGGGUUUUCAGUAUUUGUCCUUGAUUGACCGUGACGACCAUUUUAUGCCAAAUCUGGUGACAACUUACAAAAGGAUUCCUCGAGUCAGAUUUGUUUUCAAACCUCGAACCAACCGUUCAUUCUAGAUGGGGUGGCUUUUAGUGUCCAGAUUUAAAGUGCAGCAAUUUUAUCCUCCAGAACUGAUAAAGUUGCACCAGUAAUUCCCGUACGAGAACUAGUGUAUCGGGACUGGAUCCCAACAAGGACUCCUUUCUAAUGUACUCUGAGCCAUGUUGAUAAAACCACACACACACGAUGUAGAAAUCAACAUAGAAGGGAUCUUGAUGAAAUCAGUUUUCCUUCCUUCCGUUUUUAUAGUCUAUUUUAAUUUCAAUCAUUUUAUUUUGUAAUGAAUAUGCAUGUAGCUGACUCAUCUUUUUAGACAUUUAGGCAUUCGUGACAAUUGUUCCUUUCUCCUACUUGUACACAUUAACCCUUCUUCGGCAGAACAAGCGUUUUCUGCGGUGUCUUUGUCAGAGCAACGUUUGCGUGGCGUAUCGAUAUCCGGGCGUACGGUACAGGGGAGUGAAAGCUGAGUUUAACUGAUUGAAAUUUCCUUUAAAAAAAACUCUUGAAUUAUAGUGUUUGCUCCGGGAAACGGGAGCAGUCGUCGCACAAAAGCUUGGGUUUUAUGCAAAUGACUUUUUGUGAGUCUUUAUACUAUAUAUAGUAAUGUUGGUAAUAAGGUAUAUUUUGAAUAAGCUUUCAGUGAAGGCUGCUGAAAAUACUAUAAAGAUUUUUGUUAAAGUGACUGGCCCACAUGUAGUCUAAAUUAACACUGUCUAUUUGUAUACAGAUUUUAAAUGCAAAUAUCCUCUUGCCUUUUGGAGACUGUUACAGUCUUACUAAUAAUUCUAGACGUUUCCUAACACCCCACCUAAGUUUUACUACUAAGUUAAGCUGGCGAAUGUUCACAAAGCCCUGAUCAGAGGCAAGUAGUCUAUUUUCUAACUAUGCAUCAUUUGUAUCCAAGAGAUUUAACAGUGGGUUAUCUCACAGGAAUUUAGGUCAUUUAUAGAGGUAGAUAAUCAGGGCCUUUUUUUUGUUAUCUAUGUUUUUUUUAGCAUGUUGCAUUUAGUAGCGUUUCUUAGUGCUUAUCAGCAUCUUCAUGCCUUUCUAACGGGAUGAAGUAUUUAUGUGGUUAUUUGUAACAUUGUAGAUUUUAUAACCUUUAAAAAAAAAAAAAACUUGGGUGUAUCCUUUGUAACACACGAUCUUUCUUAGCCAAACAAGAUUACAAACUUUUACAUGAUUUAAUAAUCGAAAAAAAGACAUGGAAGCACAACAAGACAUGUUGAUCUCUAGGUGCUAGAAGUUUUCACUGUAAACCACCUUUAAAAUCCUCACUGGAUUUGGUCCACAGAGCUUUUUCCUCGUACGCUAAAGGAAGCUUCAUCAUUUUGAGGAUCUUCUCUUCUCUUCUCUCUCAAAUUGACGACCUCUCCCCGUUACCCUCUGAACUCAUUACCUGCAAAGCAACUAGAAAAAAGCCGACUGACUGUGUUUGUGGGGCAUUCUUAAAAAAAAAAAAAAAUCACCUACUUGAUAUUUACUGUUAUGAUGUCAAUAUUGUUCUUAUGGGUGCUGGUCUCACAACAUGUAGAUUUGGAUGCACUUUUGAUAGCAGAACGUUGGUAUGGCUUCUAUAGAUGUAGUUCCUCAAUCCAAGCAGGAGACUCGGCCAUACUGUGUGACACUGGCGUAAUUGUAUGGAAAUGGCCGUGUGUUCUACCUCUUGUUACCUGUUUUAAGUGUUAUGGUAACAUCACAACACUGGCCAUUUCUGUAUAAUUACCCCUGCUAUCUCUCUAAUUGGCAUUGUUUGAGUCUUGCAUUUACAGUAGAGGUUUAAAACGCUUGGCGUGCGUGAUGUCCAACGUGCUUUUCUUAGUUUGUCCUUGUGAUUUUUAGUAGUUUUACUCAAACUGAUAAGAGAGAAUGUCUUUUUUUUUCUUUCCUUUUUAGUGGUUUUGAGCGUCUAGCUGUACGACCAAAUCCUUGAAGUGUGUUUGUAUUCACACACAGCUUUUCCCUGCAUUUGUUCCUUUAAUUCUAUGCACCAAUGAAAUGACGGACAUUUGCUCGACACAUGCGUUUUUUUUCCACUAGAGAAGUGUGACAGCGAAUGCAGAGCUCACAUCGGGUGUGGUCACUGCGUCGUAGACAAAUUGACGAACAGCGCCACUCGGGUUCAUUUACAGACUGUUAAUUAAAGUUGCUUGAGAGCGCAAAAGAAACGAGAAAACAGCUGAGAAAUUCACGUUAAUAGAUGUUUGUAACGCAGCGAGGUCAAUCUGAUCGGGUCAAAUUCAGCACAGAACAUUUAUUAAUUUGCUAAUUAAAGUACAGUUUAGUACAAAAGUACAAAGCUCUGCAUUCUGUAACGUGAAUGUCCUCUUCUCUGUGUGAAUGCCGGCCUUUACGAUGCUGCCACAAGCAUCCACGUGAGUUCAUGUACUCGAAUGUUCAGUCUCUCAAAGGGAUGCCUGGGUGUUAGUGUUCUAGUCGGCGUUGGUCAUUCUCCAGAAGAUGCCUGAGUGACAUUGUGACCACAAUAAUAACGGGUGUCCCCAAAAAGAAAUUUUGCUAAUUCCAAACAUCAAGAUGUCAUUUAGGAGACCUGUGUUUACUUGUCGUCAUUGCUUCUUUUGUUUGUUUGUUUGUUUUUGUGUUUUUUCGUUACCGAUACCAGCACCUUAAAAUACCAGAUGACAAUAGCAUUGCUUUUUUUUUCCUGGAGAUAAAACUCAAAACAUUUGACAAAUGUUAUUUUUGCACUAAACAAGAAUGGACUUUGUACCUGUCGCAGCAUUAAGACUAUUAUCAGGUGGCAGAAUGGCAGACAUUAUUUUCCCCUCCUUUUCUUUUGUUAUUCAGAAAGAAGCAGUUGGCAUUGGAGGCUUUUCAAAAUAAAAGAUGCACAGAGCCUCAAAUAUGUGUGCUUGUUGAGCCGACCAGCAUUUAGCAUGUAAUCCUUCAAAAAAAAAAAAAAUCCUGAUGCCUUUAAAUGUUAAUGAAAGAGUGAAACUUUGUAGUCGCAUGGGUGGGUUGCCUUUGCAUACUGAUGUGGGUGAAAGGUGCUUCACGCAAAAACAAUCGUGACAGGAUGAGUUGAAAAUCACCAGUUGUGGAUGAUGCCGUUUGUUGGAGACGCGAUACCAAAGUGCUGUGCGAGGGGUAAAGUGCAGGAAGGCGGCAGUGUGCAUAGGAAAUCAUACUGAAACCAGCCGUGUCGGACAUAUCGAUAUUCAGAAGAGGCUUUAUACCUUUUUCAUCAAUCUGCCUGAUCAUGAGCUAAAUGGAGAAUGUGUUUGAAGUAGGGAUGUCACAUUACCUAACAUUGUAGCUGUCGAUAGCGAUACCAUGAAAUUUCCACGAUUCUCGAUGGCCAAUUCGAUACCACUGCAAAAAAACAAUAAAUAUCAUUUACUUCAUCACACACUCCUUUAUUUAACAUAUUUGAACAUCCAAAAAACAGUGGCUAUGUAGCCUUCAAGUAAUAAAUAAAAAGAAAAGACUUAUUACAUUAUAAAGCAGAACACUGGCAUAUAGGAAAGUAACACUCCUAUAUACUUGAGUGUGCCUGCACCGAUCCCGAAGCAGCGGCAACCUCUGGUACUGUUAAAAAAAAUAGUACCAUGACACUUUUGGCAUCGACUUGGUACCGAAGUAUCGGUUCUCUUGACAUCCCUAGUUCGAAGAAACACAUACACCAGCCUGGAUGAAUGUGGCACUGCUCCCUCAGUAAAACAGUUCCCAAGGUGCUUAGGUGUCCAUAUUACCUGAAGUGGGAACCAUAAUUAUUAGACAACACUUUUUUUUUUAUCAGACACGUAAAUUAAAUGCACACCUCGACCUCAGUUCAGCUGUUUUUCCGUUAUCUGGAGUGGACAGAACCCGGACAAAGCAGGUUCUACAAAUGGCUGAUUUGUAAAUAACACACUAUAUCGUAAGAUAAUUUCAUUCAGCAGAUAUUCCUCAAUGUCUGUAUGUUUAAAAUUUAGGGUUGAAACAGUGAUCAGCCUGUUUACUGACUGGCUUUUGAAUAGUUUUGGAAUUGACAAAAUAGCUUGAUUUCAGAUGAUGCGACGACUUAUACACAAGUUUAUUCCAAACCCUUUACCCUCGGUGUACUAAUGUCUUUCCUCCAAACCCAUUUCCUUUAGAGAAACUAUUGCUGACAGAAAGAAACCUCUUGUAGAGUCAGACCUAUUUUCCUAGCUCCAAAUAAUAACUAUGAAUGUACUUAGAGCCUGCGUGGUUUGUAAUAUUGUAUAGGCGAUCCAUCCAGUCAAUUUAUAGUCAUGUUUGCUUCUCGUGUACAACCUUUUCUUUUCUCCUUUCUUUUUAAUUUAUAGGCUUUAACAGUUGCAGAAAGUAUUAUGUUUUCUUUAAUAUUUCGUUAAUUCGCAGCUCAUAUAAUAUAUCUUCUCACUGCGAGACAUAGAAGUCUGCAGUUGUCUUUGUCUGGGUGUCGGCUGCUGUAGUCUUUAGGAGGCGAACGUUGUCUCGCUGGGGCAAAGAGGGGACAUCUUUCCCGUGCUUGAGUGGUGCUGUAACAUACGAGCCGUGUGCGUAUAUACGAUGGUUGCUUUUGUGUGGGAUCUUGUUUGCCGUUGAAUAUUUUUGUCUUCUACUUCUUUCUGUCUGAGCGGAGUUAUCAUGUAAAAAUCGUGUAAAAUCCUCCCCCGAGUUUGAUUCACUAACUAAUUAGCGCAGUGCCACUUGUUUAUUCUGUUCCGUACUUUAGUUGAUUGUAUUACUUAACAGUUUUUUUUAUCCCACAUUUACGACAGCUUUACAUGGCGCUCUGUUGGUUUCAGCCGAGCUACUUCUCCCGUUCCUUUGCCUAGAUUAACCUUUUCAAAGCAUCACCUUGUCCAUGAGUGUUUAUCAUGCCAAUGUCCAUCCAGUUAGCCGCAGCCGUGUGACGCCAGUGUGGUAUCAAGGUUUUUCAGAUACUCUGUUGUUGUUGUUUUUUUAGCUACACGUCUGAAUUAUUAAGUAUAAAUUCAAAUGGGUUUCCAGCAGUCCUGAAGAAAUGACCUCUCACGUCCACCACAUGCGGCUUCUUCAUGUUUCCAGUGCGUCUCAGUCCUCAGCUACGGUCCAGACUUACAUCUUUAAGUUUUAAUGGAUCAGACAAUCAUCAUCCCAAGGAAGUGAGUCCAAAGAUGAUGCCUCUACAUUCCACAGCUUAUUCUAUCUUAUUCAAUAUUGUCUACAAACAUUCAGGUUUCCCAGACAAUAAAUCCCCUCGAUUUGGGUGACCCCUUAACUUUUCAUCUUGUGCCAUAAUUGGUUCAAAAUGUAAAAGUAACCUUCAUGUUGUCACCUGUACUUUGUGUUCAGUGCUAGUUAGUUACACGCUGAACAAUGAAUGUGGACAUGGUUAAGUUCAGCCAACUUAACAUUAACAUGUUGGCUUUAUGAGCGUGAGCAUGUCCGUAUGCUGACUUGAGCCUUCAUCUCGAAACACUGCCGACCUUAAGCACACAGAGCUGCUCGCCUGGCUGUAGCCUCUUUGUCUUUUGUUCUACAAGCGCCUUGGAACUCGUAUGCAGCUCGUUUCUACUCAGUGUGAUAACAAAUACACUGGCUGAAUUUUAAAUCACAUUUUAACAAGUUAAUACACAAUUACAACCUUCAGACCCUUCGACCUUUUGGCACCUGACAAAGACGGUGGAUGCUCUUGAGAGUCAACUGAGCUGAGACUUGGUCAAACUGAACCGAGAUGUGACCAAGCUGCACGUGGUGGAUAUCAGGGGUCUCGCUCGGGGCUGCAGUGAAUCUGACCUCGACUGAGAACUGCUACCAAGCUUCACCAAACCAAACCAAUGCCAUCCAGUUGAUUUACACGCAGCCAAUCAUGCAAGACUUAGGGCAACGUGUUUUGUUUUGUUUCUUUCAAAGCAUUUCUUGUCCUCAGAAUGACUUGGCUUUUUAAUUUACCAACUUGGAAAAAAAACUACCUCAGAGCAGUGUCAGGUGCUAGCUAAAUAUCCCUAAUUUUUAACCGCGGCAACGAAAUCAAAAAUUGUAGUGACCAAACCAAUACAAGCCAAUAUCUCGUGAGAGCACUGUUCUUUUCUUGAACCUCGACUGGUCGGUUGCUUUAGAGACAUGUUAGGGGACCAAAUCUUUGUAAUCGGGAGUCUCGUCAUUUCAUUUAAGUCCUUUUGUUUUUCAACUGGCAGCCACAAAAAAUAAUCAAGCACAAAUAAGGAUUCAUACAUGUUGUGAAACAAACGAUAGGCUCGACUGAAUCAUAUGUUAAAUAAUUACUUUAAACUAUGAGUGUGUUAAUAUUCCAGAUACAUUUUGGUGAUGUAGAGGAAUGUUUUUGGUGGCGAUGAGGGUUUUCUCGGAAAAGACGUAUGUACAGCAAUAAUGUCAGAGUGAGAGCUACGAGUUGUUGGUAAUUAUUCGUUCGUCUUUACGUCAGUUUUUCAUCUUAACGCAGUUCAAGGCAACGCUCGAGAAACAUUUGAGACUCUUAGUCAGCAGAACACUUAUCAAAUGGAGAGAUGUGGGAACCAGCUUUUCUGUGGUUGCUUUAAAAAGAUUGUUGAAAUAUUCAGAUCGUCGCUCCAUGUGAUCAAAUGCCUCCAUUUCUCUGCCGUGUUAAACCCAGUACUGCAAUAAAAUCAGGGCUGAAUGUCCCUCGCUCUUAUUCAGUUAAUUUCCCCCCUUUCUUUCCUAUGAUUACCCGAACUCGACGCCAUUUUUGUUUAGGGUUUGACGUAUAGUUUUGCAUGCAACCAUUUUCAAAGGGAAUAUACACAUUUUACCGGACUUUACAAUGAAUCAAAAUCAUCGUAAACAUCAGCGAAAGGUACAUAUGAGGUUGUGCGGCGGUUAACGUCAGGUUGUUGUCAUUUUAGUGUGAACGGAAAUCAUCCAGUGUGGCGAUAGUCGAUUUGAAUGUGUGCCUUUUGUGGGUUUCUCUGAGUCCUCUCUACAUUCAAACAUACAAGAAUCCGCUGCGCCGCAUGAAAACAAGAAUCUAUUCCCAUUUUUAAUUAUCAUGCAACCUUUCGUGUAGACGCUGCAUAGAACGAUCAGUAUUUGUGUUUUGCACUUUCAAAGCAGUCUCAAAAAAGAUGUCCAUGUGAGGAUGGGCAAAAAGUAAAAAGAAAAAAAAAAAAACAGACGAGGUAUUUUAUGCUAUCAAUAGGAAAUAUAA